AUGAUCAGCGCGGUCGCCGAACUGUUCGAGAUUCAUCCGCAGACCCUUCGCCUCUAUGAGCGCGAGGGCCUCCUCCGCCCGUCGCGCACCGAGGGGAACACCCGCGUCUAUACCGAUGACGAUCUGGAACAGCUCCAGACCAUCCUCAACCUGCGGGAACUCGGAGUGAAUCUGGCCGGGGUGGACAUCAUUCUCAACAUGCGGGGGAAGAUGCAGCGCAUGCAGGAAGAGAUCACCCAGUUCACCGAGUUCAUUCAUCGGGAGCUCUCGCGGGAGGACAACGCGCUGAGUGAACGGGCCAAGAACGCCUUGGUGCGCCUGCCGCGCAGAGACAUGGUUCCGGCCGGUUCCCGGCCGCCAAGUUCGAACUCGCCCGGUUCGAACUCCCCCGGUUCGAACUCGCCCGGUUCGAAUUCCGAUGCCGGGUCCGCUCCCGGCGUCUCCCCGUCCCGUUCCCGAAGUUCGUAG